GUUACUCUUGAAGUCAAGGGAGAACCCCAGAUAUUGAACUUGUCAGAAAAGCUCACUGCCGGUGGCAUUGCUCAUAAGCUGUGGGUUGAACAACCUGAGAACAUUCCCACAUGUCUUGCAACAAAACCAUACCCCAAAUCCAUUGUAUCAUCAUUUUUCAAAAAGCUGAAACUCUAAAUUUGGGAUUGUUCAUGGUCCAUACAAAAGCUUCUUGCUCUCUUGUGGGUUAUGUGAACUGUCAGCCUUGUGAAUCUGUUGCAGCAAUCUAGGAAUGGGAAGGUAAGAGGAUCAGAAUGGGUGAUGGUGGUGUUAAUGUGUUAUGAAAUUCCCUUUAAAUUUUACAGGAAAUUAGCGGCCUUUUUUGUAGUCUCUUCCUUUGCCUCGGGCUUGAAAUA